UUAUUUUGUGCAUGUGUGUGUUCUAAGCAUACGCGCGCGGUGCACAUUCGAACACACCCGCCUUCUUCACCUGCUCUACCGCGCGAGAAAUGCGACUUCUGUUACAUUCCUAACCUAAACCCUAACCCUAAGUCCACCGCAUUUCUCCUUUUCUUUGAAACUCAGCGAUAAUCCUAAGCCCAACCCUAAUUGUCAUCCAUUUGCAAGUUGUCUGCGACAUAACCCUAACCCUAAAAAUGCUCGCUUUUCAUGAACAAGUCAUCUCAGACCUCCUCGAGGACGACAAUGGCGGUCUGGUUGUUUUGGGCUCUGGUCUCUCUCUCCACAAGUUAGCAGCUGCCCUAAUCACCCUCCACUCCAGUUCCAGUGGCUGUCUCUUCAUCCUCUCUGCUUCAGAUUCUCAACGCGCUGCCAUUUCUCUGCAACUUCCUCCCCCUUCCCCUCUCCUCAUAUCCUCUACUCAAUUCUUAGCCCUAGAUCGGAAAAACAUCUAUUCUCAUGGAGGUUCAUUCUUCAUAACACCUCGAAUCCUCAUAGUUGACAUAUUGAACUCGAAUAUCUCGAUGUCUUCAAUCUCUGGAAUCAUCCUCUUGAACGUCCACUCUCUGUCCGAAACUUGCACCGAGGCCUUCAUAAUCCGCCUUUUUCGAACUGCAAAUCCUAAGGGCUUUGUUCGAGCCCUAACUGAUCGACCCCAAGCCAUGGUCUCUGGGUUUUCAAAGGCCGAACGUAUCAUGAAAUCAUGCCUCUUUGUUCGAAAGCUUCAUAUAUGGCCUCGAUUCCAUGUCCUGGUCUCUCAGGAUCUUGAGGGCUCGAACCCAUUUCCUGUAAUUGAUAUCAGAACCCCUCUCUCGAAAGCUAUGAAAGGUAUACAGGAUGCUGUGCUCGAGGUUAUGGAGGCUUGUUUACAGGAGCUCAGAAAGACCAACAAAGUCGAUGUGGAGGAUUUAACUGUGGAGAGUGGCUUAUUCAAAUCUUUUGAUGAGAUAGUCAGGAGACAACUUGACCCAAUUUGGCAUAUGGUGGGGAGGAAGACCAGGCAAUUGGUCUCAGACCUGAAAACAGUGAGAAAAUUGGCUGAUUAUUUGGUUAGGUAUGAUUCAGUCAGUUUUUUGAAGUAUUUGAAUACACUUAGGGUUUCCGAAGGGGUGAGAUCAGUAUGGAUUUUUGCAAAGCCUGCUCAUAAGAUAUUUGAGCUUGCAAAGAGAAGGGUUUAUAGAAUUUUACCGGCAGGUGGAGAUACUGGGGUAUCAGCAGGGAGUGCCGGUAAGAAGAGGAAGGCAAAGGAAGGGGAGUCUAAUGAUGGUAAUAUGAUAUCUCUCUCUCUCUCUCUCUCUCUCUCGUCAUUAAUUCUUUCAUAUCAUCCCCACUCUCUCUCUA